CUGUCAUUAAACAAAAUACAAGCCGCUUAAAUUUGGUUAACGCAGUGAAUUUUUGUACCUGAUAUUUCUAAUAAUCCAUUGUUUUCUGAGAUAUUAUCAUUUUCACUUCGGUGGUAAAAUGUUUUACCAUAUUUCAUUAGAACACGAAAUUCUGCUGCACCCCCGCUACUUCGGACCACAAUUGAUCGAAACGGUCAAACAGAAAUUGUACACGGAAGUAGAAGGAACUUGCACAGGCAAGUACGGUUUCGUGAUAGCCGUGACCACAAUUGACGACAUUGGUUCCGGUGUUAUUCAGCCCGGUCAGGGGUUUGUAGUGUAUCCGGUCAAAUACAAGGCGAUUGUAUUCCGGCCAUUCAAGGGUGAAGUAUUAGAUGCUGUCGUUACCCAGGUUAACAAGGUAGGCAUGUUUGCUGAAAUCGGCCCGUUGUCGUGCUUUAUUUCGCACCAUUCCAUACCGGCUGACAUGCAGUUCUGUCCGAAUGGAAAUCCACCAUGUUAUAAAUCGAAAGACGAAGACGUGGUAAUUGCUCUGGAAGAUAAAAUUCGGCUCAAAAUAGUCGGUACUAGGGUAGAUGCGACAGGAAUCUUUGCAAUUGGUACCCUGAUGGACGAUUAUUUGGGAUUAGCUUGUAGUUAAACGAUUAAGACUAUUUUUUAUGUCAAUACAUAAUUUUAAGACAUUCAAUUUCAAUAAAUAUAAAUUAUGGAAUUGUUCUCAAUCUUGUGA